AUGGAUCUCGUGAUGGGACUAGAGCGUAGCAAACAGAAGUUCGUAUGGGUGUUUAGAGAUGGUGAUAGAGGUAAUAUUUUUAGUGAGGAAACUAGAAGAUUUGAGUUGCCAGACGGGUUUGAAGAAAGAGUAGACGGUUUCAGGUUAGUGGUCAGAGAAUGGGCGCCACAACUUGAAAUCUUGGCUCAUUCUUCCAUAGAGGGGUUCAUGCGUCAUUGCGGAUGGAAUUCUUUCAUAGAGUGUAUUACUGCGGGGGUACCAAUAGCUGCUUGGGCUAUGCAUUCUGAACAGACAAUUAAUGCUUUCAUUUUGACAGAAAUCUUGAAAACAGGCCUUCUCGUUAGGGAGUGGAAGAAACACGAGAAACUUGUCACUGCAUCUGCCAUUGAGAAUGUCACGAGGAAGUUAAUGGCAUCAGAAGAAGGCGACGAGAUUAGGAAAAGAGCAGAAGAAUUGGGAGCAUCAGUAAGGGAGUCCAGAGAAAGAAGAUGCUUCUCAACUGGAGUUAUAUUCUUUCAUUGCUCAUAUUACUAG